GUGCUAUGGUCACACCUCCUCCUAUACCCACUGAGUACCCUGACUUGACGUCAGGGCCGGCACUGCAUCCCCUCCACGCACACUCAAAGACCCUCCACAUAUCUGUCAUUCCUGCUUGGGACAGCAGCUAAGGCAGCAAGCAAUAAGAUGUCUGGAGGAAUCUUCUGCCCUUUGGAGAACCUAUAUGACCCAGACAGUGCCAACUGCCACCCCUUGGUAUGCCACUUGUGCCAUGAGCAGUACGAACACCCCUGUCUACUGGAUUGUUACCACACAUUCUGUGCCAGUUGUCUGCGUGGCAGGGCAGUGGAAGGCAGACUCUCCUGCCCCCUCUGUGGACAACAGUCCAUUGUCAAAGGCCUAAGUGCCUUACCCCAGGAGGACCGCCUGCUCAAAUUCCUGGUGGAUAACUCUACUGACUGUGAGGAGACUGUUCAGUGUUCCAACUGUGAUCUGGAGUGCAAGAAGCAGGAUGUGGAAGCAAUGUACUAUUGCAACACUUGUAGCCAGCCGUUGUGUGGAGCUUGCAGGGAAUCAACCCACAAGGCCAAAAUGUUUGCCCGCCAUGAUAUUGUCUCCCUUGCCAAACGCACAAAGGAGGUCCACAAAAAGUGUGCCCUCCAUGACGAGCUAUACAUUAUGUUCUCCACAGAGAAGAAGUCCAUGCUGUGUAUCAACUGUUUCAGAGACAUGCAAGUGGAGAGCAGAGCACACUGCAUUGAUAUUGAGACAGCAUAUAUGCAAGGCUGUGAAAGGCUGGACCAAGCUGUAAUAGCGGUAAAAGAGCUCCAGACGUCUGCCAGGGAAGCCAUCAUCAUGCUGAAGGCGAUGAUCAGGGAGGUUCGAGAGAACGUGGAUGAGGAGGAGAGCGCUAUAAGCACACUGUUCAACAACAUGCAGGAAAAACUGGCAGAAAGAAAAAAGAUUCUCCUGAAAGCAGCUCAAAGUCAGCAUGAGGAGAAAGAGAGAGCCUUCAAAGAACAGCUGUCUCAUCUGGCCGCACUCUUACCCACUCUCCAGGUUCAUCUGGUCACUUGCUCAGCCUUUCUAAGUUCAGCCAACAAGUUUGAGUUUCUUGACAUGGGAUAUCAACUGAUGGAGAGACUGAAGAAGAUUGUCAAACUUCCACACAGACUGAGACCAGCUCAGAGUAGCAAGAUCAACACAGAGUAUCGGUCCGAGUUUGCUCGUUGCCUUGAGUCUCUGUUACUGCUGGGCCAAAGACGCUCUGUGUCCAUUGCUGGGAGUGUGACUGGAUUGAGUUUGGGCAAUGCCAGUGGACUCCUACAGUCGUCCCUGUCCAUGCCCUGCCACUCCCCAGCCAUCAGUGACAUGUCCCUGGGCUCGUCCGUGGUGCGGAAGCCCACCCCCCACCGCUAUUUCAGCACCAAGGUCCUCCUGGCUGAGGGGGGAGAGACCCCCUUCACCGAGCACUGUCGCAACUAUGAGACCAGCUACAGGACGCUGCAGAUGUCCAUUCAGCAGCUGAAGGAUCAGGUGCAGGAGACCCACAGGGAUCUGACCAAGCACCACUCCCUCAUCAAGACAGACACCAUGGGAGACAUCCUGGAUACCUCCGUGCAGAUGGACAGACAGAUCUCCUCUGAGUACUCUGCUGUGGAACUCAUGAGGGCCAUGUUUGAGGAGGUCUGGGAGACAACCUUUCAGAGGGUUGCAAAUGAACAGGAAAUCUAUGAAGCCCAGCUUCAUGAUCUGACCCAGCUAAGGCAAGAGAACAGUUAUCUGACCACCAUCGCCAGGCAAAUUGGCCCGUAUAUCCGAUCCAUCGCCAAGGUGAAGGAACGCCUUGAACCCAGACUGAAAGAGCCUAAGGAGCUGAAAGACGACCGUACAGAGGCCAUGCUGAAGAUCUAUGAGGACACCACUGCGGCCAAAGAUACUAAACAAACCAUUUCAACAACACUGACAAAUGACCUGACCUGUCAGCCUACCACAGAUGACAACCACACUCUCAGCAACCUCUCUGAUGAGGCUGCCCUCAAGAAUAAUUUCUACUGGCCAGGGAAGCAGAAGACCACAGAGAUAGCCAUUUGGAAGGAGUUGUCUCCCUAAACAACUGGAUAGGGGCAUGGGACUUCACCAACAAAGUGCUCACCCUUGACUUACUACAUACUCCUCUUCCACUCCAUACAGUCUGGGCAUACAGAGUGGAGGGCAGAGGCGACCUUUCACCUGAGACAAGCUGCGGUAGUUCAGAAGGAAGCCAUGUUGGGUGUAGCUCUCUGAACCCCUUAGCCAUAGGAAUGCAUCUUUUGGUUGGUUUUAAUACACAGUGAGCAUGAGGAGACAAGCACACAGAACAAAUAAAUAGAUGGAGUGAUGAUCAAGUGGGGGUAGAGAGAGACCGUGUGAGAGCGAAUGCAUUUUAAAGAUGACUAUUAGUGAGUGCCCCUAUUACUAAAAACCCUAUGGAAGAACAACACCCCUGAUUCAUAGUCUAUACCCAGGGGACAUUUUAAGACUUACAGCAGACUGGAAUAGAACAGUGAACGGAUUGUCAGUGUUCCUUAUGUUUUAAAUGACUUACAAAGUAGAUGUUUCUGACUUAUUACGCCGAACCGAGAAAUCCGAGAACCAGGCUGCAACUUGCUCAGGUUGUCAAAUUAGCAAAAGAUUUCUGAUUGUACAGCCUUUUGAUCCUGAGUGGACAUGGGAUAUGUGAAUUUAAAAUCAGGGGUUGGAACCAAAGUUCUCAAAAAAACAAAAUACAUUUCCCCCAUUCCAUUCCAUUCCACAGUUCCGAUCAGCAAAAUACAUUUCUGAACCGGUUUUAAACCUGUGAAACUUUUUUAAAUUUAAUUUAAUUUUUUACAUUUAGCUCAUUAGAAUGACUUCAGCAAUCAGUGCAGAUAGAGCAGGCAAGCUAGUUGUUUACAUGCGUGAUCGACAGACCAGUGUAGCCUAUGGCGCAAGAUGCUACUUAAAUUUUACGGGUGGGGGGAAGAGCGAGAGGGUUGAGCAGGCUUGAAGCGCUGGCCCUCUUUAAGACAUGCAUUAUCUGAAUUAGGUUCACAGAAUUUUCCCUAGGAGAGGCUUUGAGCUAGCUAGCUCACAAGCUUGUGUGAAGAGCAGCACCAGAAUUAAACACACAGCUUACCUUUUUGUAGUUAACAAAUCCAAUCUAAAACUCAACUAGGCCUAUAGUAUCCUUAACUAGCAUUGAAAAAGUUAAUCCACUUCUCCAAUUAAAAAGAUCUCUCCCUAUCUUCUCAUGCUUCUAAAUUCAGUACAGUAGCCUAUGCUUCCGAUGGGGGAGGGGCAGGUAGCCUAAACAUGCACAGGCAAAGAUUUUCAGUUUGCAGGCAGAUGCUGGAAUAAGUUUGAGUGAGAGAGAGGGCUCUGCACAUGCGCUUUGUUGCGUUUCUUUUGUGGGACGAGAAAAAAAAAUGUCUAGAAUGUUAACCGGUUUGCAUGCUUUUAAAAUAACGGUUCUGUUCGGGAACAGUAUGGAUCGCUUUCAUUCCCGAUUCAGUUCCUUCAUUUUAUUUUCCAGUUUUGUUCCCUGAACCGGUUCCAACACAUUUAAAAUCAAUCAUUUUGGGUAAGGAUGCAUCAGUAUAGAAAUUCUGGGCUGUUACCUAUAACCAAUAUUUGCUCAUGGAAUAUUUGAUUACCAUCAAAAGGCAUUUUAUAAUUUAUGAAUAGUUCAUUAACUUAUGGGGCAAAGACCAUGUUGCAAGCAACCACUGCCGCCAUUUUGGGAAAAUUUUGUAAAUGUACAACAGUCACACAGAAAUAAAUGCUUCUUAGCGCAGAUUUACCUAGUGGGAAAGAAUAUGUACGAGGGCAGUUGAAAUUGUGCAUCCCUAAUCUUGUGUAAAACUAUUGUUGUAAACGCUGAGACCUAAUAAUGAUGACUUAGUGAUAAGCCAGACAAACAAGGAAUAGCAGACACUCGACCAGGCUCAUUACAGCACUUUGAUUCAGUAACACAAGCUAAAAAUCCAUUCAGCAUCCACUGAAGAAACUCGAAAACACAGAAAAGGGAAACAUUGGAGAUGAAAAAAAAAAAAAACUCUUAG